AUGACCAAGCUCUCAGCAACGCGAACUGGCGUGGCUACAAACGCCGCCGAACCAGUUCAAUCCACCAUCUCCCACGUGUUCGAUAAGCGUCCCUUGUUUCAUCAGAAUGCUUUGCGUGCUCGGCCGACGAUGAACACUUUUUACACGGGACAGCAACACUUUUAUCAACCGAACAGUUUUAUCAACGAUUCUUCGUUGCUGUGCGAUGAGUUGAAGCGUGUUCAACAGCUGGAACUGUUAGUGUGUAUGCAGCACCAGCAGCAACAACAGUGCCAAGAGCAACAACAACAACUACUACCAACGCCUGCAUUUAUGCCGAGUUCGUUGCUGACAGUACCAAAAGCAACGAACCGAAACCGUAACAGCGUGAUAACACGGCAACAACUCUUUUCUGGUUCUGAAAUUUCUUCUGCUAGGAAUGCUAAUGUUACUGCUAGUGCAGCCGUCGAUCAAUCGAUCUCUCAUCAACAUCCGAAUUCUCACUGGUUAAGCAUACAGGGCCGAUUCCCACAAGCGUCUAACCACUAUACUAACUGGAUCGAUCACAUGAAGCGCAUGCAUCUGGAAGAACAACAAUGCAUGCUAGCUUCCAUACAAGCACAGCUUUUGUACAAUUGGUACCGAGUUUGGGAAGCUACCGAUCAGCACGGCGAUCGUUGGUGGAAAAAUCGUACCGAUGUGCGAACCACUACACAAACAUCGGCAUCCCGUCCUCUCCAUAGGGCUCUUUUGCAGGCAUUCUGUCAAUUGAUUUCAAGUGCCGGAGAUGGUGGUUACGUCCAUCCGCUUAUUCACUUCAAUCUGACACAUCUAGGACAGAGGCCGGUAGGCCCACAUGGGCUUCAGCAAGCCCCACGUCGUGGCAAAUAUCGCACGGACCAAUUAUCACACGGAAAGGCGGUGUCGCUCCCUGCACCAGCUGGGUCCGCUCUGCCAAAACCGAUCAACACAACAACAGACAACAGGCCGUCGAUUGGCAACAACAAUCCUUUAACACCGUUCCUGUUUGUCUACGUGCCGUUGCUAACACCGUUGCCCGACCCCCAACAGUUGCCAUUGGCUGUAAACCACACCGCAAUCGCAGGACCACCGGUAUUGCCGAGGACCACGGUUCCGCCGUCAUCAAGGUUGCCACCCUCAGCGCGCUCCUUGGAUGCCAUCAUUAAUGACAGGUUAGUGCAGCCAUUCGUUUACGCACCAAUUUCAAACGACAAUUAA